AUGACCACAUACUGCUACCGGGAAAGCUCUUCUUCGACUCUUGAGACACGUACAAGAGAAAUCAAUGGUGAUACCGAACGACUCCAUCAACGUUUACGUGACAUAGCACAAGCAGUGCUCAAUGAUGAAGAUGACCGGUAUGAUGGACAUGAUGCAGGCAGAUCAUCGCCUCGACGCUUAUCACCUGUUCGAGGUGGUGCCAGUGGCACUGAUCGAUUCGAAUCACCUGAUCGAGGUUACAGUCGUAUUCGUUCGCCUCGAUCACACUCACCUCAGCGUGCGACUCAAGCCUCUCGACCACAUUCCCGUAAUGUUUCACCAUCGUAUGGCGACAGUACAUUCAGUGCUGUUCAUGCUGCUUUGAACAAACGUCAAGUCCAGGUGCAUGAUUUACAAACCAAGUUAGAUGGGGCACGAGAAGCAAAUCAACAAUUGAAGGAUCAAUUGAAUCAAAGCGAUGCUGAACGACGACAAUUGGAUCAAAAAGCGGCUUCGUAUAAACUACAGAUCGAGGAACUACGAAGACAAUUUGAUGAUACCGCGAAUGAACGUGAUCGAUCGAAAUCAGCAUUGGAAACAUCAAAUUUCGAACGAACAAACAUGGAAAAAAUCCGUCUAACAUUGAAUUCACAAAUCGAUUCAUUACGUGCUGAUUGCGAUCGUUUACAACAAGCGAAUACGGAUAUUCAACGUCAACGCGAUAUUCUCGAAGAAGAAAAAGAAGAUUUAUUCAAAGAUAAAAUUCGUCAAGUGAAAGAAAACGAACGUUGUAUAAAAAUCAUCGAGAAUCUCGAGAACAAAAUCUCGCAAUUGAAACAAGAUGUCACAGAAUUACGCGAGCAAUACCACAAAGAAAAACUAGCCAAAGAUGUUCUCACACAAGAAAAACUUGUUCUUUCUGAUGCACUUUCACGAUCUGAAUCCUAUCGCGCUGAAGUCGAACUCGAAGUCAGCAAAGAACGAAGCGAAAGUGCAGCUUUACGAGAUCUUCUUUGUAAAGUUCAAGCACUUAACGAAGGUUUGGCUCAAGAUAAAAUCGAAUUGAAUAAGAUCAUCCUUUUGGUCGAACAAGAAAAGAACGCUAUUCACAAUGAAAAAUCUGAUGUUGAACUUGAUAAAUCCACACUCCGACAAGAAUUGGUCAAAGUCGAACAAGAAAAAAUCGAUGUGGAGAACGAACGUGAUACCAUUCAUCAUCGCCUUCAAUUAACAGAAGUUAGUCGUCAACAAAUUGAAGAAGAAUUAAGCAUUGUUAACAAAGAAAAAGCUGAAAUCAUCGAACAAUUCCAACAUAUGACACGAUUGAAAAAUACAUUAGCUGAAGAUUUGAUCGCCGCGAAGAAAGAUAUCCAACGAUUGAGCGAUCAUAAUCUACGAUUGAAUAAAGAAAAAGAAGACUUAACGAAAGAACGUGGUAAUCUCGUUGUUGACUUAACCGGCUCCGAACGUGACAAUCAAACAUUGAAUUCAACAAUCAGUGCCUUACGUGCUGAGAAAGAAGCUUUAGAAACCAGUCUGUACGAAGCGCAAAGUACCGUCAGUCAACUCGAAGUUCGUAAAGAACAAUUGGAAGGUGAGAAUCAAGAAUUACUUCUUCGCAAAGAACAAUUACAAAAUGAAAUCCAACGACUUCAUUUGGAAUUGAAUGGUGAAAUUGAGAAAUCAGCUCGUACUCGUGAUCAAUUACAACAACGAUUAACUCAACUCGAACAAGAUAAAGAAUCAGCUAUUCGACAGCAUCAUCAAGCUCAUGAAGAUGAUAUUGAACGUAUGACACGUGAACGAGAGAAACUUCGUCAGGAUUUGGAAACUGGUCGAGAAGAAAUCAUUCGACAAUUAUCACGUGAAAAGGAUGAAUUGAUCCAAAAAUACGAAAAAGAAAAAGAAGAUCUACAUUAUGAAUUGGCGAACAUUGUGACCGAACGUGAUCAAGCGUUAAUCGAAGCAGAAAACGAAAAACAGAAGCUUCUUUCGAUUGCCCAAUCUGAACGAAAUGCUCUAGCAGAAAAAUUAUCCUUAACAAAAGAUGAUUUAUUACGUUUACAAGUUGAAUUCGACAAAGUUCGACGUGACGCUGCUUUACGUACCGAACAAGAUCGUCAAGUGAUUGGUUCGUUACAAGAUGAAUUGAAGAGAUUCCAAGUGAAAUUCGAAGAUGCUGCACUUGCUAAUGAUCGUGAUAUCAAGGCUUUAACUUCCGAUAUUGAACAAUUGCGUCAACAAAAACAAUUGCAAACUCAUGAGAAUUUCGAACUGAAAACUCAAUUGAAAUUAACUGAAGAUAGUCGUGAUCAAUUAAAACGUGAUCUGAUAGAAAGUAAUCGACGUGUUCGCGAAUACGAAGAGAACUUGACUGUUCAACGAAAAGAAAUUCAGGAUUUGAAACGCUACUUACAAGAUGAACAACGAGACAAAGAAUUAGCAUUACGUUCAGGUGACGAUCUACGUACGAAAUUGAAGAGUGUCGAAAAUGAGAAGAUCGAUCUUCGACAAUUAUUCGAAGAAGCCAAACAACGGAUUAUCGUGCUUGAUGAACAAAAAUCCCAAUGUCAAAAGGAUGCGAAUGAGUUACGUCAUAAUUUACGUGAUGUUGAACGCUCGCGAUUGGAAGCACGCCGUGAAUUGCAAGAACUUCGUCGUCAUGUGAAGAUGCUCGAUGGCGAAACAAAGAAAAAAUCCAAAGAAGUCGAAGAGCUGGGUGAUCGUGUUCGUCAAGAUGAACAACGUGAAGAAGAGAUGCGCCGCGAAGUGUUUGGACAAAAACAAAGAUUUGUCGAAGCAGAAGCAUCACGCGAAGUUCUCCGUAAAGAAUUAGCGAAUAUUCAACGACAUUACGUCGAAUUAGAAGAUGAACAACGAAUGAAAGAUCGAGAUUAUCAACUAGCUGUCGAAGAUGCUCGACGUCUCGAACGUAAAGCAAUUGAGGAACGACGAAACGUUGAAUUAGCACUUGAAGGUGCAAAUCAAAUGAUAUCGGAAUUACGUGUCGUGUUAUCAGGUGCUGAAGGACGAGCAAGUGCCCUUGAUACACAAUUAGCGCGUGUCGAAGGAGCUAAACGAGAUGCGGAAUACAAAUUAGGCAGUAUCGUGUCUAGUUUACGUCGUACAAUUGGCUAUGGUUCACGCAGUAGCAGUAGUACACGACUUCGAAGUCGUUCACCAAGUCCAGUUCGUCGCCGACCAAUUUCACCAACAAAAGGCUUCGAUAGUAACGAAAAUCGCGCAUCGCCCAUCUUACGACGAACAUCACGAAGUCCACAUCAACGUUCUCGAUCACCUGAUUACGAAGGCGAACGUGAACGCGGUCGUUCGCCUGGUUCAACUUAUGUUGAUGUAGCUGAUGUUGAUCCCGAACAAAUCCGUACAGCUCUACGUGACUUUGUUCAAAACUUUAUUACUACCGAACGUGAACGCGAUGAUUGCGCUGCUGAAGCUGCUGUGCUACGUCGAGCAAACAAAGAGUUAGAAGAUAAUCUUGUAAGAACUGAACAACGUUUUAAUCAAUUACAAAAAACGUUAAUGUCAUUCGAAGAAGACAAAAAAGGUGUGGAUACUCGUCUACAAGGUGCCCAAAACGCUUUACUAUUACAAGAAGACACCAUCCGUCGAAGCGAACGUGAACGUAAGACAAUGUUAGAUCAAAUGACUGCACUUGAACGUCAAUUAAUAUCGUUGGAUAACGAAAAGAAACAACUAACUGAAAAACUUGGCUUGUCGAAGUCGGGCGAAUCACGCUUGACAGACGAAAAACGUCAAUUGAAACGUGCAUUAGACGAAACCGAAGCUCGUGCAACUGAGCUAGAAAUGACUCGCCGAGGAUUGGAAGGUGAACUUCAACGUUUAAAUAUGAUUCUCACUGACAAAGACACCGAAAUUCAAGUACAUCAAGAACGAUGUGAAACAUUAAUUCGACAAAUUCAAGAUCGCGAAGAAAGAUGUCAAUCAUUACAAUUGAGCGUUGAUCGUCUUUCUUUGACAUUAGCUAAAGCUGAAGAAGGUGAAUCAAGCUUGAAAAAUCGCGUCCAAUCAUUGAAUCAAACAUUAUCUCAAACGAAUUAUCAAGCAGCUGACUUACAACAAAAACUUGGUGGUAUUCAAGGUGCCUUACAAAGUAACGAAUCUGAACGUCGUAUUCUCCAAGAUAAACUUGAACAAUCACGAUCACAAGUUAGUGAACUUAAAAAACAAAAUCACGAAUUACUCGAACGUGUACAUCAUCUGCAAAACGAAGUUACCGAUUCAGAAAUGAGACGACAUGAACUAGAAAAUCAAUUACGAAAUGCGAAUACACUUCUUGUUCAACGGCAAGAGAGUGAACAAGAAGUGAUUCAAAAGAUUUCGAUUUUAACUGCUGAUAAACAAGCAUUACAAGAGAAGAAUGCUCUUUUACAACGCCAAUUAGGCAAUCUUGAUCUGGAGAAACGCGAAGCUGAAAGAUCCAAACUACGUUUAGAAAAAGAUAAACAUGUUUUGAGAAAAACAUUGGAUAAAGUCGAACGUGAACGUGUAGUCACUGAAGAUAUUAUUCGUUCGUGGGAUCGCGCGGAAUUCGAUCGACAAUUCCGUCGAUUAGAAGAAGAAAACAUUGUUUUACAACGUCAAGUCGAACACUUACAAGCAGCUUUGAAUGAAUCCGAACAACAACAUGCACAACGUUUGAUUGACUUAACAACUCGAAAUCGACGUGAAACAGAAGCUGAAACUGAACGUAUUCGAUCUUCUCAGACCGCUGCUGAGCGUGCUUUAGAAGCACGAGAGAAAGCACAUCGAGCCCGUGUUAAAGGUCUCGAAGAACAGAUCACCUCAUUAAAAGAGCAACUUCAUCAAGAACUGCGUAAACGUCAAUCAUUUCUGAAUCGUUCAUUAGUAAAUGGCGAAGAAAUCAAUGCACUUCGUCGAGAAAUUACUGAUUCAUUAUCAUUCGUUUCUCAAGAUCCUCACGGUCUUGAUCCCGUUCUUUUAGAUCACGAAACUAAACGAUUAGCUGAUAUUCAUGAGCCACCUGUACGUCAUUCUUCACCAACACGACGUACACUAUCACCAUCGAUUGCUUUACGUUCAAUGAGAGCGGCAGCCGCAGCCUCACCAUCUCAACUCGGUCCUUCAUCGCCAAGUUCGCGCGCUCGAGCCUCACGACCACGUUACUGA